UUUCAGGUUACCUGUGCAAAUUUAACAAAUGGAGGAAAAACAGAACUUCUAAAAUCAGGAAGCUCCAAAUCCAUACUAAAGCACAUAUGGACAGAAAGUAGCAAAGACUUGUCCAUCAGCCGACUGCUGUCACAGACUUUUCAUGGGAAGGAAAAUGAUACAGAUUUGGACCUGCGAUACGAUGUCCCAGAAACUUAUUCUGAGCAAGAUCUCUGGGACUGGCUGAGGAACUCCACAGACCUGCAAGAGCCUCGGCCCAGAGCAAAGAGACGUCCCAUUGUCAAGACUGGGAAAUUUAAGAAAAUGUUUGGCUGGGGAGAUUUUCAUUCCAACAUCAAGACUGUGAAGCUAAAUCUAUUAAUAACAGGGAAAAUCGUUGACCAUGGCAAUGGGACGUUUAGUGUUUACUUCAGGCAUAACUCCACUGGUCAAGGGAAUGUAUCUGUGAGCCUAGUGCCCCCUACAAAAAUAGUGGAAUUUGACUUGGCACAACAGACGGUGAUUGAUGCCAAAGAUUCCAAGUCCUUUAACUGUCGAAUUGAGUAUGAAAAGGUUGACAAGGCUACCAAGAACACACUCUGCAACUAUGACCCUUCAAAAACCUGUUAUCAAGAGCAGACCCAGAGCCAUGUGUCAUGGCUCUGCUCCAAGCCCUUUAAAGUAAUCUGUAUUUACAUUUCCUUUUAUAGUACAGAUUAUAAACUAGUACAGAAGGUGUGUCCUGAUUACAACUACCACAGUGACACACCCUACUUCCCAUCAGGGUGAGGACCAACACAUGUCUGAGACUGAAGCCUGGGGAAUAAAAGAGGUCGUAUGACAGGGCUGUAACCUCAAGGAGACAGGCCACAUCAAUUGCCUGGAAUGUGUCUACCCGCUGCUGCUGAUGUCAAAUGGCUGCAAAUAUGUUAGCGGAAAACAAUCUAAUGUAAUUUUUGCCCAGUCAGCUUCAUGUAUCAAUCUAGUUGUAAAUCACUAUGGAUCUGAAAUAAAACCAUACACAUACACAGAGAGACACACUCUUUUCAGCUCACAUCUAUUGAGAUUCCUCUUAAGAGAGCUUUCAUUGUCUGAUACCUAAGGUUUCAGGAUAACCUAUCAUCAAGCAAAAUGGAUUAACUAGACAGAGAAUGGUUUCUAACACAGACUGUUAUGAAAAUCUCUUUGAAAGUCCUUUGAGUACACGCCAAUGAAUAAUCCCCACUCAUGCAUUCUACUGCUUGGAGUAGCUGUACUGGUAAAUAAUACUGUAGGAGUAAAUACUUGUUAAAACGGGAAAAAUGUGUGUCUAGAGUUCAGUAUUCCUAAUUAUAUGAACAUGGCAAAGCAUCAUAACUUUUUUUCCAGCAUACAGUAGGCACAUUUGAGGUGGUGUUAGGUGGCUCUUUUUCUGUGGAGCGAGCCUGUUACUAGUAAAGAUGGGCAAACAUUUCGAAUUUACAUGUGGGCAGACAUUCUGGUUUCAUGUUUCUCUGACUCUUUAACCUCUGAUUCUUUAAAUCUGGUUGAGUUUAGGCCAGUUAAGCGACUUAAAAACUCACCAACUGAUUUUUAAGAAGGAAAAUGCCUGGCAGAGAACAUGUAAGUUAUAAGUGGCUGUCUUAUCUUUAUUACAAAAUAUUGUAACUAAUUCAAUAUCCUAGUCUUCAUUUGUAUGAAUGGUUUGUAUUGUACAUAAUUUAACCAGUGUUAUUUGAGCUGCUUAUUAAUAUUAACUUGUAAUUGUCUCUCUGCUUGUUAUUGGUUAAAAACAAUCAAGGAAAUGAGGAAUCCGUUUUAUCAAUGUACCUGUAAACUCCAUUAAAAGACAGAGCUAUGUACAAAGCAUUUAUUCAGCUAAAGUAUUGUUGAAAGCUAUACAUAUACAACAUUACAGUCUGUCUGUAUUUAGAUAUUUUAUUUCCAGAGAAAAAAAUGAAGUGUACAUAAAAAUAAAAAAUCUUAAAGUUGAGUUUCAA